GUUCCCAGAGUUGAGGUCCCUAGAGCCCCUCGCUCAGCUCUUCUCGUUAGUAUUGGCUCUGCCGGAGGCUGCACGUGGGGGUGCUCUGGCAUCCCCUGGCUCGAAGCGGGUCUCUCACACCAGUUCGGUUCAGGGGCGCUCACCCCUCAUACACAUUGUCCCAGCGCCCCCGCAGCCCCGUUAGCGCGAAGAGGGGCGCCACGGCCCCGCUGGUGGCUGCUGCGUGGCCUGGUUAGACCGACGCGUUCCACUCGCUCGCACGCGGCCGGGGGGCAAGAAAGGGAAACGGGCCGCAGAGCGGCUGGGCCGGCUCAAAGGCGCGGACGAGGAAGGAGCACGCAGCCGCCUCCUGCCCCUUGUAGGGAGGCAGCCGCGGGAGGAGGAGCCGCGCGACGCAGCCUCCCAGCCCAGGCGGGGGAGCAGUAGUGAGGCCAGAGCAGAAAAUGGUCGUUCGGGGCUUGUGGCGAGGGCGAAGCUGCUAGGAAGAGCCGAGCCACAGCCCCGCGCACUGGGGGCGGGGGAGCUCGGCGCGCCGCCUGGUGAGCUCCCGGGGCUGCAGCUCUUCAGCCGGCCGCAGUGACUCGUGCAUGACCCGCAGCGGCAGCAGCAGCAGCACGGAGCUGAGCGCCCGCCCCGGCACCAUGCAGCAGCACUGAGGAGGCGCAGCCCGGCUGGCGCUGCUGUGUGUGGCUUCGCUUCCUCCGCGCCUGGGCCGUGCCGGCCGAGGGAUCCCGCGGGAAGAUGGAGCGGUUCCCCCACGAUCGAAUUCAGUUGCCCAGGAAUAUGAUUGAAAACAGCAUGUUUGAGGAAGAACCUGAUGUGGUUGACUUGGCAAAGGAGUCUUGCCUGCAUCCAUUGGAGCCUGAUGAGGUAGAAUAUGAGCCAAGGAGUUCACGACUACUGGUGCGUGGCCUUGGAGAGCAUGAAAUGGAUGAGGAUGAAGAGGAUUAUGAGUCAUCAGCAAAAUUGCUGGGCAUGUCAUUCAUGAAUAGAAGUGCGGGUCUUCGUAAUAGUGCAGCUGGCUAUAGACAGAGCUCAGAUGGAUCAUGCUCAGUGCCCUCUACAAGGACCAUGGUAGUUUGUGCAGCUGUUCUUGUGAUUGCUGUUGCAGUAAUAAUGGUGAUCUACCUUCUUCCCAAAUGCACCUUUACCAAAGAAGGCUGCCAUAAAAACCGUACAAUGGAACUUAUAUAUCCUCUUGCAACUAAUGGAAAGAUAUUUCCAUGGGCAAAAAUCAGGCUUCCUUCAUAUGUUGUACCGCUACACUAUGAUCUUGUGUUACAGCCAAACCUAACAACUAAAGAGUUUGCAGGUUCUGUACGGAUAACUGUUAAUGUCAUCCAGGUCACCUGGAAUAUCAUACUUCAUAGCUCAGGUCUUAAUAUCACCGAGUCAGACAAAAGCAGUUGA